AGAAAACAAGCAAAUGGGAAAGAAAGAAAGAGAGUAAAGAACAAACAACAGGCUGAUAAUUUAUUGCUAGUGUUUGACUGGUUCUCCUGACUUUCAUUUUUGUUUCAAUGGAAGACGAAGAACCAGAACAAGAGGAAGAUAUUAUAAUUAUUAUAAUAAUCAAUAGCAAACCGAGUCAGAGCAGUUUGACAAAGACCCCUUUGAUACCUCUUCACAACAUUCCAAACUGCAAACUUCCAACCCUUCUUUCACUCACCAAUUUUCUCUUCAAGACGGCCAAAGAAUAUAGAAGAAACAGCAGUUUUGGUUUUCUUUUAAAUUAUUUUUUUGCUUUGGCUUUUUGAUCAUCACGUUUUCAGAACCCACAAGUGGAUCGAUAACUUUGAUUUUUGCCCAACAGAGAGAGCAAAGACAACUAUGGAGAAGAGAAGCUUUUCAGAGCUUUUGAUAGAGAUAAAAGAAUUGGUCACUGAGGUCAGUUGUUUGGCUCAAUACUCAGAAACCCAAAGAGAAAUCCUGGCUGAAUUUGAAAUAUUGGUUGAGAAAUUAGUUCCAAUUCUUGAUGGUUUAAUGGACAACAUCAUUAAGUUUAAGGACCACCCACCAGUGAGAAAGGCUGUGGAGUCUCUUGGGUCAGAGCUUAAGCGAGCCAAGGCUUUACUCAAAACCCAAGAGACAAAAUCAUUUAUCAAACAAGUGGAGGAUGUGGUUCACGAUCUUGGGAGGUCAUUGGGCCUAGUGCUCUUGGCCAGUCUAGAAGUGUCCACAGAUUUGAAGGACAAGAUUGGAAUGUUACACAAAGAUUUGAUGAACACCAGGUUUGAUAUGAGCUCAUUUGCAAGUACUAGUUUUGAUUCUUGGGUUGUUAGUGAGAUUGAAGUGGAAGAGGAAAUCCAAGAGGAGAAGAGGGUUUGUUUUGGUAUUGAUGAAGUUUCUUUGCAAAUAAAGUGUGGUGAUGAUGAACAGCUCAAAUUUGCUCUUUUGGAAUUGAAUGAGUUGAUUGGAGACAAAAGGGUUAGCAGUGAAUGGAUUACUGAUGAAGGUGUUAUUCCGAUUCUGUUUAAUCGGUUAAGUUCAAGUAAUUCAGAAAACCGGCUAUGUAUAGUUCAAUUAUUGAGAAGGCUUGCUUCUGAUAAUGCUGAUAACAAGGAGAAGAUGGCAGAUGUUGGGUUUUUGUCUGCGGUUGUGAAAUCUUUGGUACGGGAUGAAGAAGAAAGAAAAGAAGCUGUGGGGCUGUUGCUGGAUCUCUCAGAUAUUCAGUCAGUCAGGCGGCGGCUUGGGCGGAUUCAAGGGUGUAUAGUUAUGUUGGUUGCCUUGCUAAAUGGGGAUGACCUUGUUGCUUCACGUCACGCAGGGAAGUUGUUGAAUGCAUUGUCUAACAGCACUCAAAAUGCGCUUCAUAUGGCAGAGGCUGGUUACUUUAAGCCACUAGUGCAGUACCUGAACGAAGGUUCUGACAUGAGUAAGAUUCUGAUGGCAACAGCACUCUCAAGGAUGGAGCUCACAGAUCAAAGUAGAGCUUCCCUUGGAGAAGAUGGUGCAAUCGAACCCCUUGUCAGAAUGUUUAGCAUAGGGAAGCUCGAAGCCAAGUUAUCUGCUUUAAGUGCCUUGCAAAAUCUGUCAAACCUGACAGAAAAUGUCCACCGGUUGAUCAGUUCGGGCAUCGUAGCAUCUCUGCUUCAGCUCCUCUUCUCUGUGACAUCAGUGCUUAUGACUCUUCGCGAGCCUGCAUCAGUGAUUCUUGCAAAGAUCGCUGAAUCCGAAUCUAUUCUUGUUAACUCAGAUGUGGCUCAGCAGAUGCUCUCACUUUUAAAUCUCACAAGUCCAGUAAUUCAAAAUCACCUAUUACAAGCACUUAAUAGUAUUGCCUCCCAUUCCAGAGCAGGCAAAGUUAGAAGAAAGAUGAAAGAACAUGGUGCAAUUCAGCUUCUCCUGCCGUUCCUGAUGGAAACUAACAUUAAAAUCAGGAGCGGUGCCUUGAAUCUGCUUUACACUCUCUCUAAAGAUUUGCCUGAAGAGUUGACAGAACAACUAGGAGAAACCUAUAUCAAAACAAUCAUCAAUAUUAUUUCAUCAUCAACAUUUGACAGCGAGAAAGCUGCUGCAGUUGGCAUACUUGGCCAUCUUCCCAUUAGUGACAAAAAACUCACAGAUAUGUUAAAGAAAGCAAAUUUGGUGCCCAUUAUGGUAUCCAUUUUGACUUCAAGAUCUGAAGUUUCAAAAGAGACGACAUGCUGGUUAGAAGAAAGCGUUACAGGCCUGUUGAUUCGGUUCACGAAUCCUUCUGAUAAGAAAUUACAGCUUUAUUCAGCAGAACAAGGGGUAAUUCCUUUGCUUGUUAAGUUACUCUCGAGUGGAUCACCGGUUACUAAAUGCAGGGCUGCAACUUCGCUAGCUCAAUUAUCACAGAAUUCGUCAUCUCUAAGUAAGUCAAGGAAAUCAAGGUGGUCAUGUGUUCCUCCUUCUGCAGAUGGUUUUUGUGAAGUUCAUAAUGGCUACUGCUUUGUGAAAAGCACAUUUUGUUUGGUUAAGGCAGGUGCUGUGUCUCCAAUAAUCCAAAUACUGGAAGGUAAGGAGAGGGAAGCAGAUGAAGCUGCGCUAAGCGCCCUUGCGACACUCUUGGGCGAUGAAAUGUGGGAAAACGGAAGCAAUUGCAUAGCCAAAAUGUCAGGAAUUCCAGCCAUCAUAAAGGUUAUAGAAUCAGGGAGCAUCAAGGCUCAAAAGAAAGCACUGUGGAUAUUGGAGAAGAUAUUUGGAGCUGAGGAACACAGAGUAAACUAUGGAGAAUCUGCUCAGGUGGUGCUCAUUGAUCUAGCCCAGAAGGGCGACUCCAGUUUGAAAUCAACGACUGCGAAAUUACUGGCGCAACUAGAACUAUUGCAAGUUCAAUCUAGUUACUUCUAAGGCAAAAUAAUGCCAUGUAAGGAAUUUUGUGCAUGUGAUUUUUCUUGUACACAAUCAUCAAAUACUUGUUAAUUGGUGUACAUUUUCCUCUUCUGCACAUUAUAUUGAACCCUGUUUCUAUGAGCCAUGUUGAAAUGUAAAUUAUUUCCUGGUUUAAUCCUUAGCUGGACAAGUGCAAGGCUUAGAUGCCAUCACACAUUGUAGGACUUAUAUGUCCUAGUUUUA